UUCAGACAUCAUUCUCUUUGCAGAUCCUCAUAUCAGCUCACUUAGUCCAGAGGUCAAGCUUGUGGAGGAUAAACCAUGUGGAGCUUUGCUGCUUCCAUUUUCUGCCUCUUAAUUGCAAAAGCAGCCACCAAGGGAACAGGACAUUAUGAUGACUGUUAUCAUAUCACCACAGAAAUCAUGGUUGGAAUAGUAGCCGGAGAUGUUCUUCUCACUGCACUCCUCCUCAUCCCAGUCUAUUACUGCGCUCGUACAAAGGACACAAAGCAAAGUGACCCAAGUGAGCCAAGAGACUACAUCAACAUGAUGGGAAAAUAUAAAUGACCUCACUUUCUGUGUGACUCUGACCUCCAGCAUGAAUCGACACUGACCAGACCAGUAGUAGUUUCUAUAGUACAGAAAAAAAAUAAAGAGGAAGGGAGGA